UGCUUCCGCCAUUUUGAAAUUACGUCAUGGAAUUUUUGCAUCAAAACGAGGCAUUGCGUKGUUAUCUCAGCUGGUCAAUGAAGCGGACAUGCCGAACAGGGAUCAUUGUUCAGUGCCUUUGUGUCAAAAUAAUCGAUCAAAAAAGACACCUGGAGUGACCUUUCAUACAUUCCCCAAGGACAAAGCACUUAAGAAGCAAUGGAUUAUCAAGAUAAAGCGCGAUAUUGGUCGAAAUUUUGCUAUAAAUGCUUCAACAAGAAUAUGCUCAAAGCAUUUUCUGCCGUCACAAUUAAAGAAGUCUUUGGGUGGAAAAACUUACUUGGAGAAGGGAGCAAUCCCAAGUAUUUUUCCAUGGAGUGAUGAAAGUAAAACACAAAGAAAGUCGCCAAAGAAACGUGUUACCAAGGAUAAGCAACCACAAGCUGCUCCUGAAAUUGAGAUUGAAAUACUCCACGAAACAGGUAAUGCGAACUAACUUUUUUAAUUGCCAAUAGAUUACUUUAUUAAAUGUGAUUUUACAAAUGUUUAGGUGAUGAUAUUUUGGAGAAAACAUAUGAAGACCAACCAAAACAAUCCGAAUCAGCUAAUGAAACAUGUGUUUACACACCAACU